AAAUUCCAGAGACACUAAAUCGAAAGGCAACAUCCGAGACAAAAGGCUGUUUAUCCUCUAGUUAUCGUAUAAUGUGCGCUCAAUCACAUUCAACACAAGCGCCCCUCCCCUGAGGGUCGGGCACUCAUCAGACCCCCAUCAAGGCCGCAUCAUCCUAAUCUCAAAAAAUCGCUGUUCCAAUUCUUAAAUCCUGUUCCUUAGUUGCCCCUUUUCUUGACCCCAGCGCCCUCUUCCCUUCUGUCCCUCAAAGUUAUCUUUUAUCAUCAUUUAUUUGAAUCUUCUAACGACCCAAUCCCUUUCAAUCAAUCAUGCCUCGACGUAAGAAACGGAACCGUUCACCCAUUGAGGAUAUGGAUAGUAGUGAGAGUAACAGUCAGAGUGAUCCGGGUAAUCCUCUCAGUAGCGACGAGGAUUACGAGAUCCCGGCAUUGAAGAAGAGUAAAAAGGCCGUGACUAAAAAUGGUACCAUUGAAGAUGGGGGUCGUCGGAGGUCGACCCGUGAGCGGCGACAGCGUUGUAUCCUGCAUUACUGCCCCAAGUGUACAGCAUCCUUCACAGAUUUGGAGGAAUUAACCCUCCAUGUGUAUUCCCAUCGUAUUGCUAACAGGGGAGCCAAGGCUCCCAAGGCUGUUAAGGCUGUGAAGCAAGCCGUGGAAAAGUAUGCUUGUUCCAAAUGUUCCGACAAAUUUAGGACGGCUAAGGCGCUUAAAGAGCAUUUUAACGUUCAUAAAGCAUCAGAGAGGGCUUUAUUUUAUUGUGGGGUGUGUCAAUGUGAUUAUGGGACGGCUGUGAGCUUGUAUGAACACUUCCAUGAUGUUCCUGAUCAUUGGGAGAAUCGGGCAGUUAAGAAGGGUAAAGAGAUCUCGAAUGGGUCAGGUCAGACGCCAGUUUUGGUCGAAAAUAGCCUGGGAUAUUGUGGGACGUGUUUUUUCCCGUUUAUGAGUGAGAAAGACCAGGGGUUCCACAAGUUUCGCAUCUGUGUUCCCACUUGUCAGACGUGCCAUCAGCCCUUGGGAACGAACGGGGACACUUUUUUCAAACACGCCCGGACCCAUUUUGAUUUGACAUAUAAAUGCGCAAAAUGUGGACAGUACGAUCUGUUGUCAGAGUUCUUAGAACAUAGUGAGGAGUGUAAAGUGCCGGGUCAGGCCCGAAAAAUCGAGUACAUGUGCAAAAGCUGUGAUUUCCGAACCCCGUGUGUGAAGCUCAUGUUUGCUCAUGGUUUGAGUCAUUGCUUCGUGAAGGAGAUGCCCGAGGAUUCCGUGUCUCCAUGGGCCAGUUGUCAUCAUUGUAGUGAAGUGCUGGAAGUGCCUCAGAACAAGAAAGCCAGGUUCAAGCUGCCCAAGGAGUUCGCCAAGGCUCGCGUGGUGAAGAUUGUUCAGUCCAACGUCCAUUACAUGAUCGUGGGUCAGGAGCGAAUAGUCCUGCCUCAAGAGCCGUCUGAAGGAGUCGAAGAAAGUGACCUGGAAUCCAUAGCGGACGACACAAGCCCCAGUGACAUGAAGACCCAGGUGCCAUUUGGAGUCAGGUCGUUCGCGAAGCUGCAAAUGUCCUUCAAGUCCAAUCUGGACUUUCUAGCCCCGACCUUGGGCAGCUUGCGAGAGCUUCGCCUCAAAAGGCCGGGGAUUGAGAGUAAUCCGGAUCUGCUUAAACGCCUAGCGGAGGGCUCCAUGCUCACCAAAAUGAUCUUGGGUCGAGCCAAUGACGUCGUGGUCACCGCGGACCUCUCCGCACCCACUCCCAAUGCAUUCAAAUGCCAUCAAUGUGGCAAGAUCUACUCGACACAGAAGAACCUCGAGGAUCACAUUGCCAUAGAGUGCAGUGAACCCAAGGCAGAUCCGCAGAACGACUUGAAACCCAACGAGGCCGAGGAGGAGCUCAAGAGAUUGCCAGGCACACGGGCCAAGUCCAGAACUAGAAAUGGCAGCAAAUAAAAUGAUCUACCCAUCUCCAAUUCCGAUCUCCAAUGGAAGCUUCCCCAGCAGGAUUCGACUUUUACAACAAAUCCUUGUUUGUCGGUCAAAGAGCGUGAUGGCUCUUUUGACCUCUAUGUCCAUUAUCAAAUUUUGGAUCUUGAGAAGCUCCAUCAGACGAUACCAUAAAUAUUACAACACAACCAUCCACGAAAGAGUGCGUGACAUUGCUUUUUUGUUGUGAGUUGUUCAAGAUUCCGCAUCUGAAAUGCAUGGAUUGACAAUGACCAAGACAUACCACAUCAAUUUGCAAUUCUCAUGUCAUAGCCGGGAGAUAUCCUGAAUAUCUAAUAAUUGAAAACUUGACAUGGCAUGCGGUCAAAGAACCAUGAAUUUAUUGACAUUUUAGCUAUUCAUAGUUUGGUAGUCCGUAAAAAAGUUCCCUUUUUUUUUGAUGAAGAAGGAAUAAAGGGAGAUUUAACUUGUCUCUCUGUUCAAGAAAGAGAUGAUGCAUUCAUAAGAAGCGAAUUUAGAUUGGCCAUUGCCUUUCGGUGUAUGAGUUGUAAGGAUCUUGAGAACAAUUUAAGUAAUAUGAUCUUCAAAGUGGAAAGACGAAACUGUUGAAAGACCAAUUUGAUGAGCUUGAUGAUUAUUCGCGUAAUAUCUCGUGUGCUGAUAGGUGUCCACAUCCAAUAGGUCUCUAGAAGUAUAUCUAAUCUAAUAAAACAAGGCAUCUUCUGUGAUGGACCUUGGCUUUUUUGAUAGGUUAAAAAUGUGACGUGUGAUAGAUUUUGAAUUAAAGUCUUUAUUGUGAGACGAGCAUCUCAUUGAAUGUAUACAGUUUUCAUUACAAUACAUGUACAUACUACGUACAUGAGAUGUACUAUGAGAUGGUUCAAUUAUUAGCCAAAAUUGAAAUACCACAACCAGAUCGUCACAAAGUCCAACUCACGACUACACCUGUCCAUUAGAUUUAUUCCAAGACAUUGUCAUAACGUUCAUUGCCGUACUUCACGAAUGCAUCCAAUUAAUAAGAUGGAUUUGCCAAAGAAGGUACGUAAGUUGGAUACAUUACCAGAGCUGCUCAAAAAAGCCCUAUUUUAGCUCUAUUUAUGCUUUGCAACAGACUUUUUUGGCAAAAUUGUCAAAGAGCAAAAAAAAUCAUGUUAAGCAAAAAUGAAAGAUUAUUGUAAAAAAUACUAUGCCACUGUCAACGACUGUUUGCAUCAACAUCGGAAACAGUAGUGGAGGAAGUCCAGGGCUGCCUAGAAGAACACCAUCCCUUUUAUAGACCUUCACGGAUCCCGAGAUGGACGUGGCCUUCAAGAAGAUGAAGAGCAAAGCCUCAUCAACAUCAGGGGUCUCUCCCUUCCAACUUUCACUUCUCCAGACCCAAGCCCAGCCACUCCUCCAAGAACUCUUCAGCUUUGCCUUCCAUUCUUCUUUCUUCCCACCAAAGUGGAUGGAGUCAGCUAUCAUCUUCACCCAUAAGAAAGGGCCCAGGGAUAUUCCAAACAACCAUCGGGCUAUCGCCCUGGAGAACCCCCCCUUUUUGAAGAUGAUGUCCACCCUCUUAGCUGCUCGCUUCUCUGGAUUGGCUGAGGAUAGGGAUCUCCUUCCCAAGUUCCAAUUGGGUUUUCGGAGAAGCCACUCUACCACCACGGCAGCUACUCUCCUCUUUGAAAUUGUGCAUUCCAACAUCAGCAAUAAGAGGAGAGUGUAUGGAUGCGUUUUGGAUUCAUGCAAAGCAUUUGAUAAGGUGGACUGAACGUGGUUUUUCCUCAAACUCCAACGGUGGGGAGUUCCGCAUUCAAUCUGUGUCCUGCUGUCCAACAUCUAUGCAGGAUUUGGAAGCUCCAUUCGAUCUGGUGAGGACCUAUCCCCUGCUACUUCACUUCCAUUGGCCUUCCACAGGGGAAUCCCCUAUCAUCAAUUCUUUUCAAUCUUUAUGUAUCCGACCUGCCCAAAGCCCUCACCCACCAAGGCCCCACCAUCACCCAUUUUCCAGUACAAUAUCUGCAAUACGUAGACGACCUGCUUCUCUUGGCUGAAUCAGCCGUGGAAUUGCAAAAUGCCAUCAAUGUGCUCCAUGACUACUGCCCAAAGGAACGGCCUUCAAAUCAAUACCAUCAUGACUAUAGCCAUGGUUUUCCAUAAAGGUCGUCUGCCUCCCACCUCCUUCCAUAUCAACAAUAGUCCGAUUGAAAUUGUCAAGUACUUGAACUAUGUCGGUUUCACCUUCUCCACCCAACUCUCCUUCACCAAUCACCUGAACUCUGCAAUAACUAAGGCCAGGGCUAGGAUCGGAAACAUGUGCAAUAGACUGCGCAUCAAGAAUCUUCCCCUUGCAAUAGUUCUUCAACUCUUCUGGACCUACAUCACUCCAAUUUUCCUCUACGGCCUUCACCUGUGGCUUCCAAACUCCGCCCAAUCCGCCCUCAAAUCCGCCAAUGCCAUAUUCACUAAAUUCCUCAAGCGAUACCUGUGCGUGCCCCAAUAUGCCAACAAUGUGUGGACGCAAUUUUUAUGCAAAACCGAGCCCCUCACCGUCGGGCUGGCAAGGUUAGUGUCCAAAGUUGUUGGGAACCUGACCUUUCCGGAGGUGAUGUCCGGACACAAAUUGUCCUUUUUGGUCAAGGACUUGUUAACACCCUACUGUCCUUGGCCCGAAAUCCCUUCGGAGUAUUGGCGGUCAUGCACGUUUGUCGGGCUUCCAGCCAAAUUCCACCAGGAAGGACAGAAGUUGGCAAGGGAUCUAUUCUAUCUUGCACUUUAUUAUGGCAACCAAUAAUUUCAUCACUUAUCUCUAUACCUAUCUACGGUAAACGUUAUUCUCCACCGAUUAGUUGGCGGUACUACUUUUUUGAACCUAACCUAACCUCAUCAAACCUAACCUAACCUUGCCUAACCUAACCCAACCUAACCUUACACGAUAUUAAUAGCCUUUAAGGUCUCUCUCCAAACCUUUCUAACAGUUUGUCACAAAUUUAAAAAUGAGCCCCGCCAACUAAUCGGUGGAGAAUAACGUUUAUCAUCUAUCUACCUCUCUUUGCAUUGUCUGCGACUCCCCUACUCCCCUCUUCACUUUUUUCAUUUACACUGACUGAACCAAUUCAAAUCAUUUUUAUUGUGAUAUGACAUUCCAGUCAUCCAUUUUAUCAUUCUGACCAUUUCACUCUUUUUUUUGAUCCAUCGCCGUACAUUACAUUCUUACACACACUUUCUACAUAUUACAAAUGGAUAAAGUACGACUGUGAGCCGCAAUAAAGGUAAUCAUUUACUCUUCAUAGCUAUAACUUUCCUUGAUUAUGCAAUUCUUUUCGAUCUUGAAACAUUUGUCUUUGGUACUCUUCCCCUCAUGUCCAAUUACUCUUGAUUGAUCAAAGAAAAGGUGUUCCACGAAUUAUCGGGUGUUAGUCAAAUAUUGAUAAGUGAGAAAAAACCUCUCGGAAAUUUAAUGGGUGGAGCACGUUGAUUUCUCUAAUUGCAGUUGUAGGUGGUUCGAUAUUUUGCGACAUUGGUAGAUAAAAUCAGUGGAUCAAAGAAAGGAUUAAUGUCACACCUACUUUGAGAACUUGAACAUCAUGUACUUUGUUCAUGGACAUUAUGUGAUCUGCUUUCAAGAAGAGGGAUUUCACCAAUUUCCGACCACUUUACCCUUAAUCAUAAUGAAUUCAAAAUGUAGUAUAUCUACAUAAAUUAUAACUUUGAAGAGGUUCAAAACAUGAUCCAUAGAGCUUUAUGAGAGUUAUGUUAGUGCUUAUUGCCGAUUAAUGAAAGUGGAUCUAAAAAGUUUUGAUCUCGACAGAUAAUGGGCAAUGAUCAAUUAUAACCGACGGUUUUCAAUUAAGCACAAAUUUGUUUGUUUGUGCGCUUAAUUCACGGUCUUUGAAUGGUAUUUGAAUGAUCAGAAAGCGGUUUCUGGAAACCCUAAUCCCCGUCUUUUGUCAGCAAUCACUCAAGCCUAUCCAUACUAGUUUUGGCUUGAAAACUAGAAAUUUGCUCACUUAUCACUCAACUAACCGAAAGAAACCAGUUCAAUGCAAAACUUGCUCACUUUGCCCACACUUUCCUGGCCAAUUUUCUCACCCGUCUGAAAAGGUUCGUUCAUUCUCACACAUGUGUCAUUUUGCUCGUCAUGACGCAGGAGUGACUCAUUUCCUUCACAUUAAAAAAAUCUCUAACAGGAAUCUUCCUUGGGAGCGGAUAUUUUUUAUUUCUACUUUUCAGUCUCAACGUUUUCGUUGUUAUUCUUUAUCAGUAAAAAGAGAGGUACAAGGUGUAUUCUUUGGCUUCAAAGCGUCAUCGUCUGUGGGUCUACCUUGUACCCUUGCAGCACUCCCUGACAUUCCCGUUUUCAAGUGCGUUCGUGUGACCUCUAUUUAAGUAAAUAGUGACAUUAUUUUCGGUAUGAGCACAUUUGAAUCAUGAAGUAAAGCAUUGGAGAGUUUGCUUUUGAAAAAAUAUUCCACACUUCAGUACCACAGGAAUUUGUUUUUUGUGCAACCAUUUGGGAGGGAGAGGUGUAUUGUAUGGUCUCCUGGAGGUGGUUGUAUUCUAGAAACGUCGCCGAGAAACUACAUAUGAAGCACAAGGGUUUGAAGCGUCAGUCAAUUCAAAACAAUCCAAGAAGUUACAACUUUACAAAACACUAAGAAUACGUACGUGCACAACACAAAGAUGAGUAUUCAAAAACCUUGCGUUGCUCUCCUCCUCAUUGGAACCAUUUAUUCAGUGAAUACCCUAGAAUGCUACCGCGGAUUCGGCAUUGUAGGCCAAGAAAGCCAACAAAUUGAACACUGUCGACCGGGCACCGACUAUUGCUUCAGGGAAUAUGAACAGUCCCGAUCUCUAGGCGGUCAAAUCAAACUCGGCUGUUUCUCUGGCAUUGCUCCGAUUCACACGGGUAUGAUGGACGAUGGUUGCACCACAGUGGAUCGCGAUGGGGCUCGCAUUACCACUUGUUAUUGCGCUUAUGAUUAUUGCAAUAGCGCCACAUCUAUCUCGAGUCUAGGGCCCCUUAUGGCUCUCUGUACGCUUCUGCUCAGUUAUAUGCUUUAAAUUACGUUUUACCACGCUAUGUACUAUGUUGCGGAACUUGAACGGGUCCGUGAAUAAUAAAUGUCACAUUUCUUCAUUAUAAA